UGCAUUGGUGUGUUUUAAAUGCUUUAAUUUGUUGUCAAGUGAUUUCUUGAAAGUGCGUAUAAAUAGCACGAGUUCAUGUUUCAAUUUGGUGUAGCUGCUAUUUAUACGCAGAAAUUGACUUUGGCGUGCAUAUGACAAGCAAUGUGUAGGAUUAGGGUUGUGGGGGAGAUGCGUAUCAUAUGCACGCGAAAACUGCGUAUUAUAUGCACGUCAAAGUCAGUUUCUGCGUAUCAGUAGCACGAUUUUCAGUUUGCAUUUGGCGUACUAGUUAUACGCAUUUUCACACACACACACACACACACACACACACACACACCUUCAGAAGCUCAAAUCCUCCCACUGAGCCCCGGUUUCCACGAGACUCUCUGACCAGUGAGCGCGUGCGUGUCGGUAAGACCGGACAGCACGAGACCGUUUCAGUAGGCUACCUGAUGAUGUGCUCACGUAAUAGAAUAGAAUAGAAUAGAAUAGAAUAGAAUAGAACAGAGAAUGACCGGUCUGCGAAUAUUGUGGAACUAUUGAUCCUGAACAAAAGGUGAGCUGGUGAGGCGCAGAUUCAUAAAGUUUUGCUGCGUUUUGAUUGGCAGCGGCCUGCGCGGGUCAGAUGUCGCGGAUCUCUCGCUGGAUUUAUUGCGACUCCAAAGGGAUUUGAGCUCGAUUAACGGCGCGAUGAAGGAGAAAUCAAAGACGGCGGCGAGGACGCGGCGGGAGAAGGAGAACAGCGAGUUUUACGAGCUCGCCAAAAUGUUGCCGUUACCGUCCGCCAUCACGUCUCAGCUGGACAAAGCGUCCAUCAUCCGACUGACCAGCAGCUACCUGAAGAUGCGACUGGUGUUCCCUCAAGGUUUAGGGGAGGUUUGGGGUCGAAGCCGAUCUUUAGAAAACACAAACCUUGAGCUCGGAUCUCAUUUACUGCAGGUAAUAAUCAGCAAGAUGCUCCAGACGCUGGACGGCUUUAUAUUCGUGGUGGCUGCUGACGGGAAGAUCAUGUACAUCUCAGAGACGGCGUCGGUUCAUCUGGGCCUUUCACAGGUAGAAUUGACCGGAAACAGUAUUUAUGAGUACGUUCAUCCGGCCGAUCAUGACGAGAUGACCGCGGUUCUGACGCCUCAGCCCUCGUUCCACUCGCACCUCGUCCACGAGCAUGAAGCGGAGCGCUCGUUCUUCUUGAGAAUGAAGUGUGUUUUGGCCAAACGUAACGCUGGGCUGACGAGCGGAGGAUAUAAGGUCAUCCAUUGCAGCGGCUAUCUGAAGACGUCUGCGCUGGACGGCUGCUAUCAGAACGUGGGUCUGGUGGCGGUGGGUCACACUUUACCUCCCAGCGCCGUCACCGAGAUCAAGCUUCACAGCAACAUGUUCAUGUUCAGAGCCAGUCUAGACAUGAAGCUCAUCUUCCUCGACUCCAGGGUUUCAGCGCUGACAGGAUAUGAGCCACAGGACCUGAUUGAGAAGACCCUGUAUCAUCACGUGCACAGCUGUGACAGUUUUCACCUGCGCUGUGCUCAUCACCUCCUGCUGGUCAAAGGUCAGGUGACCACUAAAUAUUACCGCUUCCUGUCCAAACAUGGCGGAUGGGUUUGGGUGCAGAGUUACGCCACGAUCGUUCACAACAGCCGCUCGUCUCGUCCGCACUGCAUCGUCAGCGUUAACUACGUCCUCACGGACACGGAGUAUAAAGGCCUGGCGCUGUCUCUGGAGCAGCUGAAGCCCAGCAAACCCGCGUUCCCUUACGCAAACCAUCAGGAGCCGCAGGACAAAACCCCAGCCUCCAAGAUCCUGGUCCCUCCGUACUCUCAGCAGUUUUCGUUCUUCCAGCCCGAGCGCUCAGAUUCUGACCGCGACAGCCAAUGGGACGGCAGCCCUCUGACAGACUCCGCCUCCCCACAGCGACUGGACACGUGUGCUCAAACACACACACACACACACGCUUCACACACACAUGAUCAGAGAGAGGGAUGGUGGGAUGCCACUCGAGCUCCGCUUACUAAAGCAGCUCAACACAGCCAUCAUACUCACGCUCAUUGGGACGACGGAUCUCCAGGCUCCUCGGGCGAUUCAGGAGACAGUUGUCAUGAAAUCCGGGCGUUUCACGCGAGGGAGUCCCAGAGCCGGAUGGGACAGGAGCAGAUUAAAGUGGAGGACGGCUGUGUGAGCGAUUACUUCUCCUCCGUUUGCCGAGGGCCGUCUCGUCUCGUCCUGCACCGAGACGACAGAGACGGGAGUCCAGCCUCGCUGUCCGGUCUGAGCAGUCCCGGCUCGGACAGACUGUCCCACUACGACGUGAACGCACACAUGCACUUUCAGACCAGCGCCGCGCACAACGGCACAUCGGUCAUCAUCAGCAACGGCAGCUGACCGCAAAACACCCGCCGCUGCUUUACCAGCCUGGAAAAAUCAUGCAAACACGGAAGAAUCUGACCCUGGAGCGCAAAACCAGUCAUAAGGGUAAUUUUUCUUUAAUUGAGAUGCAUACAUCAUCUGAAAUCUGAAUAAAUCAGCUUUCCAUUGAUGUAUGGUUUGUUGGACAAUAUUUGGCUGAGAUGCAACUAUUUGAAAAUCUGGAAUCUGAGGGUGCAAAAAAAUCUAAACAUUGAGAAAAUCAUCUUUAAAGUUGUUCAAAUUAAGUUCUUAGCAAUGCAUAUUACUAAUCAAAAAUGAAGUUUUGAUAUAUUUACGGUAGGAAAUUUACUAAAUAUCUUCAUGGAACAUGAUCUUAAUAUCCUAAUGAUUUUUGGCAUAAAAGAAAAAUGUAUAAUUGUGACCCAUACAAUGUAUUGUUGGCUAUUGCUACAAAUAUAGCUGUGCUGCUUAUGACUGCUUUUGUGCUGCAGGGACACAGAUGACAGCGUUCUCGUGUUGCUGUUUAUACAAGCACUAGUAUCAAGAACACAUGUAGGUCAGAUCACAACCUAAAGAAGGAAGAAAUUAUAUUUUGCAUGAAGAAAAAUAUUUUUUUUUGCACUGUGGCAUUAUUUAAGAACCUUUACUUUCAUGCAAUUUUUUCAGUAUGUACAGCAACGGCUGUACUGCUUUUAAUUUGUUGAUUUUAUUUAAUUUUUUAAAAUAUGAUUUACAGUAGAAGAAAAAUGAAGAAUGCAUGAAGAAAACUGACUUUUUUUGUUUGCACUGUGGCAUUAUUAUCAUAUCAAUUCACCCCGUUAUCAUUAUUCCUAACCCUAUUUACAGAUUUACAGAAUGUAGUUGUAUUGCCUUUAAUUUGGUAAUUGAAAUAAAAUCCAUUAUUUACAUUGAGGAAAUUGAAGAAUGCACAAAGAACAUAAAGUUUUUUGUUUGCACCGUGGAAAUAUUUUUAUAUCACUUCACCCCAGAUCUUUUUAUUUUAAUGCAAAAACAAUUAUAUUUUUCUGGGUUUACAUCAUAAUUACAUUUGUUGUGCUGCCUUUAAUUUGUUGGUGUUAAUUGAAGAUUUCAAAUCUAUUACAGUGUUUUAAAGAGGAUAAUGAGAGCUACAAAAAAAAAAAAAGCAUGAAGAAAAUUGUUUUAUGUUUGCCCUGAGUCAGUAUUUUAAUGUCAAUUAAGAACAUUUUUACCCUAAAUAUCUUUUUUUUAAAAAUGCAAAAUCAAUUAGAUUUUGUAGUAUUUACAGAUUGCAGUUGCAUUGGUUGUGCUGAUUUUAAUUUGUUGAUUUAAUUUUUUUUAAACUAUUACAGUAAUCUAAAGAAAAUAAUACAAGCUAAAAAAAUUAAUGCAUGAAGAAAAUUAGGUUUGCAUUAGUGCACAGCAUUAUUUUCAUGUAAAUUCAAUCCAAUUCUCAUUGUUUUGAUCCAAAAUCAAAUAUAUUUUACAUUAUUUGCAGAUCAUAGUUGCAUUGGUUUUAUAAAAUAAAUCUAUUAUUUACAGUAAUAUAAAACAAAUGAUAACUGCAAAAAUAAAAAUGCAGAAUGCAUGUAGAAAAUAUUUUUUGUUUGCACUUUGACAUAGUUUUCAUUCAAUUCACUCCAAAUCUCAUUAUUCUGAUGCAAAAUCAAUUAUAUUUUGCGCUGUUGACAGAUCAUAGUUGCAUUGGUUGUACUGACUUUGUUUAUUUCAAUCGAAAAAAGUCUAAAGAGAAUCUCCAGGUGCAUCACAGUAAUGACAAAUUGAUUGUUAUAAAAUAAGCAGCUUCAUUUUCUUUGUGCAGAAUAUAAUUUCUUGCAAUUCGACUGAGAUUGAAAUGAAAUUUUAUAUACAAUCAAUUUAAUAAAUCCCAAAAAAUGUGUGUAUUUUGGGGUGUUUAGAAGUAUUUUCUGUCAUUUCGAUCUGAGAAGAGCUUUGGAUUUAAUUGAUUUUCUUGUAUACCAUGUUCUUAUGAAAUGGUUCACAUCAUGCUGCGUCUGCGCUUUGAUUUUUGCAUGUGUGCAUAAACUGUGUAUUUUUCAACCGAAGCCUGUGGUAGUUCUGCAGGAUAAAGUCAUGCUGGUGUUUCUGUCGCAAUAAUGUGAGGUGAGUAUCAGAAAUGACUGAUGUCUGACGUUACGUCCAGAUGUUAAACAUACUGGAGAAUGAGUGUGUGUGUGUGUGUGUGUGUGUGUGUGUGUGUGUGUGUGUGCGGGUGUGUGUGAGCGUGAGCAUUACAGCUCCAAACCUCCACACACACAUUCAUAAUCUUAUUUCUCAAAAGGACAGUAAACAAAUAAACACACAGCUCAAAAUAAUGUGAUCAAACCCUAAACGCUGAGUAUUAAAGUGUGCAACUCCUACAACCAGCAACCAGCCAGAACACCCUAGCAACCACACAGCAACGCAAUAAACAUACCAACACAAGAUAAUCACUACAUCCAAAAUGCAUAGCAAAACCUGGCAACCAGUCACAACACUUGAGCGAGCAUGUACUAGCAUGUUAAAAACUCAGAUCACCGUAUAACCUGACAACCAGCCACAACACGUUAGCAACCACAUGCCAGUGUGCUGAAAAAAACACCUAACACCAUAGCAACCACAUAAUAAUGUGCUGAAAACACUAAAGACACCUAACAAACACAUAGCAAUGCCCACAACAACCUAGCAACAACUAAUGCCACCCGAGCAACCACUUAGCAAGACCCAAGCAGUCACCCAGAACACUUCAGCAACUGCAUAGCAACGCCCUAGGAACCACUAACAACAACAACACCAUUUACAUUUACAUUUAAU